CCCGCUCCCCGGCCUCCAGCCUCCAGCCUCCGGGGCUUCCUGCGGUUCAGCACCGCGGACAGCGACCAUGACGCGGCUGCGCCGGAAAGCGCUCGUGGCGCUCUUCCUCUUCACGCUCUUCAUCUUCGGGACCAUGAUGGGUCUGCGGACCCUCAAGCCCAGCGACGGCUUCUCGGACCUGGCCCCCGGGAUGGACUUCCCCGGGGAGCGCUGGGAGCGGAGGCGGCCGGACGCCGGGGACGCGGCGGCCGCGGCGGGGGCCGCGUCCCCCGGCCAGUUCCACCCGGGCGCCGGCGGCAGCGACACCAAGGUGGUCUUCAGCCGGUCCGACCGGGACUACAGCAUCUUCUACGACGUGCACAUCUUCUACUACCUGUGGUACGGAUCCCCGGCCGUGGACAGCAAGUACAUCCACUGGGACCACGUGCUGGUCCCGCACUGGGACCCCAAGAUCGCGGCCAGUCACGCGCAGGGCAGACACGCGCCCCCCGAGGACCUGGCGUCCAGCUUCUACCCCGAGCUGGGCCCCUACAGCUCCAGGGACCCCGCGGUGCUGGAGGCGCACAUGGCCCAGAUCGAGGCUGCCGCUGCGGGGGUCCUGGUCUUGUCCUGGUACCCUCCCGGGGUGGCGGACGACCACGGGGAGCCCACCGAGGACCUGGUUCCUGCUGUCAUGGACGCCGCGCACAGGCACAGCAUCAAGGUGGCCUUCCACAUUCAGCCAUACAAGGGACGGACGGACCAGAGCAUGCAUGACAACAUCAAGUACAUCAUCGACAAGUACGGGAAACACGGCGCCUUCUACAGAUUCCGGUCGAGCACCGGGCAGGUGCUGCCCCUGUUCUACGUCUACGACUCCUACCUGACGCCGCCCGAGUCGUGGGCGGAGCUCCUGACCACCAAAGGCUCCCACACCAUCCGAGGCACCCCCUACGACGGCGUCUUCGUCGCCCUGAUCGUGGAGGAGCGCCACAAGCUGGACAUCCUGGCCGGCGGCUUCGACGGCAUCUACACCUACUUCGCCUCCAACGGCUUCUCCUUCGGCUCCUCCCACCAGAACUGGAAGGCCAUCAAGUCGUUCUGCGACUCCAGCAACCUGCUGUUCAUCCCCAGCGUGGGGCCGGGCUACGUGGACACGGCGGUGCGGCCGUGGAACAACCACAACACCCGCAACCGCGUCAACGGGCGCUACUACGAGACGUCGCUGCAGGCGGCGCUGUCCGUCCGGCCCGAGGUGGUCACCAUCACCUCCUUCAACCAGUGGCACGAGGGCACGCAGAUCGAGAAGGCCGUGCCCAAGAAGACCGCCACGCGCCUGUACCUGGACUACCAGCCCAACCGGCCCGACCACUACCUGGAGAUCACCCGCCAGUGGGCGGAGACCUUCAACAAGGAGAAGGACAAGUGGCUGAUGUGA